AUGAUUUCUUAUUUUAUCGUUUCCAUCGUUGUCAUCUCCUCGGUCAAUUCAAUUUCGACUAUCGUCAUCGAUCCGAACAGUUAUUUGAAAUCGGAUUUAGUUCUUCAUGAUUUCCGUCAACAAUUUCAUCGAACCUAUCCUUAUCGAUGUCUGUUGCGAACUGAAUCGAAGUAUUUCGCUUUGAAUCCUUCAUGUCAAUUAAUAACACGAACAUCAUUGAAGCAAUUUUGUUCAUUAAAUUCGACAUUAGUCUUCGAAUUGAACUUUUCGCAUAAUACCACCAUCUACGAACUUAAUAUCCAAUCGAAUCAAACCAAUUGUGCAAAAAAUCGUCUCUGUCAAUUCGAAAAGAGUCCUUAUCGUAUAAAAUUAAAAGAAAACGAAGUUUACAAAAACUUUCUUCAUCUCAAAACCACUUCGUCAUGUCACUCGUCGAAUUACCUUCUCUCGUCAACCAAUUCCAAGAAAAACUUCGAAUAUUUUUCUUUGAACUCUUCCACAGGACACUUGUCUCUAUUAAAUCCAUUGGAUUACGAAGCAACAACAACAUGGAAACUAGUGAUUCAAGCGUACGAUGCUCAUCAUAUCCCAUUCUAUACAUAUGUGAUCAUAGAUGUUGACGACACGAAUGAUUGUCCGCCGUUAUUGUCCUGGAACUUCCCAUUGCAAAUUAUCCAGGUCAUUAACGACACCGAUCCGUUUCAUAUUGAAAUCUCUGUCCAUGAAUCGAAAGUCGAUCAACACGAUGUGAUUAUUGCUAACCUAAUCGCAUCGGAUUUAGAUUCUCCGCCGAAAUUCGAUCUACAAAUCAAUUCUUCCGAAAAACUUCCAUUCACUAUCGCUGGCCCAUAUGGCGACUCCACGUACGUUCUGUUAACAAGUGCCAAACUAGAUCGAGAAUAUCGAAAUAAUUAUCUGAUCAAUCUCAUCGUUAGUGAUUCUGGCAAGCCAAUGUUAACAUCUUAUUACAGUUUGCGAGUUCAUAUUCUCGAUACGAAUGAUAAUUCUCCACAAUUCGAGAAGGAGAUUUAUUAUGUUGAUAUACAAGAAAAUAAUUUUAUUAAUACAACAUUAAUACAAAUAUUUGCUAAUGAUUCGGAUUCCGAUGAAAAUGGACGAAUUACAUAUGAAAUAAAUAAUGACAAAUAUAAUUAUGUUUGGAUAGACAACCAAACAGGAAUUAUUCGAACGAAUAUUCAAUUUGAUUAUGAAGAAAUUCGAAAUUUUUCUUUCAACGUUACCGCGAUCGAUCAUCCGAACAUCGGACAACCAUUAAAAGCCACAGCGAUGAUCGUUGUCAAUGUCAUUGAUCAAAAUGAUAACAUCCCUCAGUUUCCUCGAUCGUCUUACGAGUUUUUAAUUAACGAAAAUAAUCCUCCGAACAGUUACAUUGGCCAAGUCACGGCUGUCGACGCUGAUGGAUCUGAUCUUGUCUAUACAUUCGAUACUCCAUCCGAUCGAAUCAAAUCUUUAUUUUCUCUAUCGCCCUCGGAUGGCAAAAUCUUCGCAUUAACUUCAUUCGAUCGCGAACAAUUCGAUCAAUACAUGUUCUAUGUAAUCGCAUCCGAUGGUCAUCAUGUCUCGUCGCCAAUUAAAGUUCAUAUAAAAAUCCUUGAUUUAAAUGACGAAAUUCCUCGAUUUCUCUUCCCGAAUGAUAACAAUGACACGUUAAUCAUCGAUCUUUCUUAUUGGAACGUCAACGAUUAUAUUUGUCAAAUCGAGGUUCUCGAUGAAGAUCUAAUUCAAACCCAUACGUUACUAUUAAUUUAUCAUUAUGAUCAACUGAAAAAUUUCGAUUACUUAGAGAAUUAUAAACACAUGCUCCAAUUCGAUUCUGUAAAGUUCUUUCUGGAUCAACAGGGACGAUUGUUUUUUAAUUCAUCGAAUGGAACGACUCUAAACGAAGGUGUCUAUUAUCUAGCGUUCAAAAUCGUCGAUGGUCGUGAGUUUUACGACGAAAAACUAUUGAAAUUAAUUGUAGUUAAAGAUUAUGAACAUGUGCAGCUGAUCAUGAGACAAUAUGAUUAUCUUGGUUUACAUUUGAACAAUCGUUUUUCGUACUUACAAUAUCAAAACUCGAAAAGUCGAUCCACAUCGAUUAUUGAUCAAUCCAAUCGUUUUCUUCUACUGAUUGUUUUUGCUUUAUUGAUUCUGAUCCUUCUUGGAAUUACCUUCAUUUUCAUUUCGUUAAUUCGACGUAAAACAUUGAAAGAGAAGAAAUUAUUGAAAAAACAAAAUGCUAUCUCUUCCAAUUCUCAACAACAAUCUAACAGUUCGACAAUCAAUCUUCUAAAACCAUCAACCAAAGGAAAUUUGCAAGUGACGAACUGCUUCGAUUACAACGAUUCGUCAUUGCUUAUAUUAAACAAAGAUCUACUCUCAACGACACCGAUUAUAAAUGAUAGUUGUUGUCUGCUCGACACAAUCAACGAACAUGAUAUCUAUGACUCGCAAAAAAGCAAAUCAUAUCCUUCCUGGAUCAAUCAUCCGGAAUCUCACUAUUCCGAACGCAGUACUGAUUCAUCAACAUUUCAUUCGUUCAAUCAUUUUUCACUUCGACCACCGUCAACUCUUUCCAAUGAACUAUGUCCUCCAAAACGACAGACACCUACUGAAUAUUCCGUGGCUGUUGUUUCAUCAUCAUCAAACAACUGUCCACACACACCUGUCAGUUCCGAUGAUGGAUUCUGUGGCUCGUCGGAUACAUCCGAUCCUUCGAUACCUAAUGGUAACAAUCAUUUACUAACAUCCUAUCGACAACCGUAUAUUAUGAUAAAAGAAGGAAUUAUGAAUAAAAACCCGUCGUCGACGUUAGCAAAUGGAACAGACACGACAAGACGUGUUCGAUUUAAUCUUCAAUCGGAUGAUCAAAGGACUAUGCUACCGAAUCAUUAUUCGGAGCGCACUUUAAGACACUUUGAACAGAUCUAUAUGGCACGUGAACAUAUUCUGGAAAAACAACCGACUAAUUCAACAGUCGUCUAG